AGGUCAAGUGGAGAAGAGUUGUUGAAGGUACCAACGGACUUCUUGCAGUCAGUCAGUCAUCAGUCAGUCAGUCGAUCGACUUACCUUCCGCUCGCUCCAACAGGACAUAAAACCUACAGUCGCUUCUGAUCCAGACCGUCAACUAUCAAUCUAAUCUACUGUCUAAUCCACACAUCCUCCAUCCCACCCAACCCAACCCAAAAUGCGCUUCUCCCUCUCCGCAGCGGCCGCCCUGGCCUUCUCCACCCUCGCCUCCUGCGCUCCCUUAGGAGAAGCCCCUAUCGAAGAGCGCGCCGCAAGGCUCCAGCCCUGGCAGCUCACCGCACUCAUCGCCUUCUCCCCCUCCGGUCGCCCAGGCUCGUAUCCCUGGCUCACCAUCACGGCCAACCUGACGGACCCCAACGAGCUCAUCCUCGGCACCGCGCCCGACGACAACAGCACCGUAUCCGUCCCCGCAGGCAACACGGCGCCUAAUUGCCGGGCCAAAUGGCUAUCCGGCGAGAACCCACACGGGCGCAGCUGGCCGUGCGAUCCGACUGGUGACGGGUACUGGACGAUGAAGAUCCCGAAGACGGAGGGUUUCAGCGCGAACAAUUUCACGGCGGUGUUUACGCGCGUGGCCGAGGUGCUGUACCAUGGGAGCAGCUAUCGCAAGGAGUAUACGGCGAGCAAGAAGUUUUUCUUGGGCAGCGAUGGGAAUCUGAGUGGGGUUUGUGGCGGGAGUGGUGUGUGCAGUUGGGGGUUGAAGGAGGGGCUUGCGCCGUAUCCGAUUCAGCAGAGAGAGGUUACGAAUUAGGUUGGGGAAGUGAAGGAGAGUGUUGGAGAAAGGAGGGACUGGUUAUGAAGAGACGGUACUGAGAGAUAGGGAGACUAAAUGAAUACGUUGUAAUGAUCAGCCCAAUGCGGCUUCGCAUAAAAUGAAACCACUAUACAUCAAUCUUGCCGUUGGUCCCCCAUUCUAUUACUCAAAGAACGAGAAAGCGCGGAUGAAAUCUUGUCGCUUUUUUUUUCGCUCGAUGAUUACGGGAUCUAAAUAGCGUCCUUCAUCGGAGGGGACUAUAAUUCUU